AUGUCGCUGACAAUUCCUUCAUUCUUAGAGCCAAAUCUGAACGGGGCAUCCAAGUAUCGUGAUGAGACUACCGGUACUCUCGAUCUCGGCGCGUUCAAAGUCAUGUAUGUCGCUCCUAUGAAAGUAUCGGACCAAGGGAUGGUUACGCUAUCAAAAGUGGGAGAACUCACGGAUGACUCUCAUGGCGGCCCAACAUAUUGUCGAAUAUAA